AUGAAGGUUCACAAAAAGUGUGCCUUCAAGCACAAAGCAACGAAGAAGGGUGUCAAAAAGAAGUCAAGCAAGAAGACCGCGGGGGUGAAGCUGGGCAAGGCUGCAACACUGCCUGCGGACUUGUGGGGUCUGUGGAUCAAGCACGUCCUGCAACACGGACGGUGUUGGUUGUUUGUGGCCUGUGUCCUAUCGCAUCUACUAUGUCUCCGAGUGACGGAAUGCCUUCGGCUCGAGGCCACCGACUUUGACAUGAAGUCCAAAUCCGUCUUGAUCGCACCUUUGAAACGACAGGCAGCUGUGCGCAAGCCACUGCUAGCCAACGUAAAAAGAAUCCUGGAGAGUCUUCGUCGGUCUGGGAUUCAAAAAAAGAGAGCAGUGCAGCAAGGGGGUCGCGGCCGAGUCGUGUUCAUCGACAAAUGGGUCUGGCCCAAAAAGGGGCUUCUUUUUCCAUCAGAAAGGCCUGACUCCAAAACAGAGCAUAGAUGCAAAGAUACGGUCUGCAAAGCCAUUUCUCGUUUGCGUGUUUCCUUUCAGUAUCCCACUGAUGGAAAUAUCAGGAGCCACACAGCCAGGCACUCCAUGGUGAACACUCUAAAGAUAUCUGGUGUUCCAGAGAACAUUGGAAUGUAUUACGCUCGCAUCAAGGAUCCGAAGGUUUACAGAGGGUACGGAGGACUGACUGCCCAGCAAGCCUCUGCUUUGCUGCACAAGCACAGAGGACUGAACCAGUCACUUGCCAAGCACAAAAAAGUUGCACUGGGAAAAAUCAAGUAG